UGCAUAGCGACGAGGAAGCGGCCGUGCGCUCCGCCGCCGCGGGGCUGGGAGCGGCCCGCGGGGAACUGCCGGCGUGGGUGAACUUUCCAGAUGUGGAGAGGGCAGAAUGGCUGAACAAGAUCCUGGCACAGACGUGGCCGUUCUUUGGGCGCUACAUGGAGAAGCUGUUGGUGGAGAGCAUCGCGCCCUCCAUCCGCGCCUCCAACACCCACCUGCAGACCUUCACCUUCACCAGGGUGGACAUGGGCGAGAAGCCUCUCCGUGUGCUGGGGGUCCGGGCACAUCCUGGUACCCACAAGCAGCAGAUCCUGCUGGACCUCAACAUCAGCUACGUGGGUGAUGUGCAGAUCGACGUGGAGGUGAAGAAGUUCUUCUGCAAGGCGGGGGUGAAGGGCAUGCAG